CAGCAUCGUUAUUCCCAUCGAAAGGCUGUUUUCCACCAUGAACCCCCUCGUGGCACUUGUUUUUACUAUAGUGGCUGCUGUUAUUGGUAACAGCAAUGCAGAUGAAAGAAUGAUUGCUAUGCAGAAUCCGGAUCUGUUCGGUGGUGACAUGCUUGGAAUUGACGGUCCUUUUGAUGUGGAACGAAAUGGAAUUCCAGGUCAACAGUACAGAUGGCCAGGUGGCGUAGUUCCAUACGUUAUCGAUCCUUCACUUGCAAGCAGAGCCGGUCUCAUUCAACAAGGAAUGGCUAAUUAUCACCAGUAUACUUGCAUACGUUUCGUUCCAAGAACAAACCAGAUGAACUACAUCAAGAUUUUCAUGGGACAAGGAUGCUACUCAAACGUUGGUAUGGUUGGAGGCCAACAACCAGUGUCCUUGGGCAACGGCUGCCAUUACGUGGGAACAGUAGUUCAUGAACUGGGUCACGCCCUAGGAUUCUACCACGAGCAGAACAGAUCUGACAGAGACAGUUAUUUGAUUAUUUACGCCCAAAAUAUCCAAAGAGGUAUGGAAGGAAACUUCGCAAAGUUGGCUCCAUCUCAGAACUUAUUAUUGACAACCUUCGAUUACAACUCCAUCAUGAUUUACGGAAACAAAGCUUUCUCCAAGGAUGGCCGCUCCGACACAAUGGUUGCCAGAAACGGACAGAAGCUGUACGAUCCAUUUAACAAGAAUGGCAUGGAUCAAUCUGACGUCCAGAGAGUCAACAAAAUGUAUGGUUGUUAAAAUUAGAAGCUGCAACUUGGAGAAUAAAUCCUGAUUCAUCUGUAUAAAUAGACCUUUAAUGCAUUAAAACAAAUCAUUAAAUUUG